AAAAAGUUCGGUAAAUCGCAAUUUGUACUAUGGAUACAAAAGUUUUGAUUGAAACUAUAAAGCUUUAUCCUACAUUGUACGACAGAAAGCAUUCAUCCAUCAAUAUAGAGCAUAAAAAUUUAAUUUGGAAUGAGAUUUCCCAAAAGAUUGAUCAACCUGUAGAAAAGUGUAAAGCAAAGUGGAGGAAUCUUAGAGACAGUUAUCAAAAGGCAAUGAAAUGGAAACAUGAAUUGGAAGCAAUCGGAAAAUUGUCAAGUUAUCAUCCUUAUAAACAUGAAUAUUUAUUAGAAUUUUUAGAAGUUAGACCAAAAAGAAAAAUCUCUGAUGGAUCUAGACGAUCGAAAUUCAAAGUUUCUAACUAUAUGCUUAAAAAGCAAAAGUUAGAGGAUUACAAUACAUCUCAAGAUGCUCAUGGACUAUCUUCACAUGCUGUAGAGUUUCUCGUUGAAAAUGAAAAGCAAAAUAUUCAAAAUGAUGAUUCGAAUGCAGACAUUGUUGAAGCUGUUGACGAACAAGACCAAUACGAGGAAAUUACUGAAGAAGAGCAAAUCUAUCAGGAAACAUCUGAGCACCAGGAAGAGAGUGUCGAUAGUAACAAUAAAGUAGAAGAAAAACCAUUCCUUCUGAGCUAUGAUUGUGCUCAUGAAACUGCUCUACAAUCCUCAGAAGAAACGAGAGAAGAAAUAACAUAUCAAGAUACUUAUCCUAAUGAAUCUGAAACAUCAUACACAUUAGAACUUGACUCAUGUUACCAAAUUAUUAUAAUGGGAGGAAAGGCUAAGCAAGCUCAAAGGACAAAGGGAAACUUGAAACCUGCAAGUUCAUCAAAAGCAUCGGAACAACUCGACACUUUAAGUUUUACUCCUUUAGAUAUGACAAUAACAAGCUCUAUUGUUAGUGGGUUUACGGAAGAUCCAUUUGACAUUGAUUCUAGAAUCGAUCCUAAUUUUCAAAUGGUUCUUCGUAAAAUGGGAAAGAAAGAUCCAACAACCAAAAUAAAAGCAUUAAAGGAGUUUAUUGAUCUUGUGGGUCAAGCUGAUAAUGAUACUUUAACAGCGGUAUUGCCAUUCUUUCCAAAAGUGUACAUUCAGCUAAGUUGUGAUGUCGACGCUCGUGUAAGAGAAAGUUCACAAAGUGCUCUGCAAUCAAUUGUCAACAAGGUUGGAAAGAAUCUUGCAAUGAUUCUUAAACAAAUCUUUCCAGCGUGGGUGUGUGGACAAUACGAUACGCAUCCGACAGCUGCCAGUAUUGCAACGAAUUGCUUCGAGAAGGCUUUUCCAGCAAAGAAGAUCAGCGAUGUUUUCGUUUUUUGCGAGACGGAAACCUUGGAUUAUAUCACAAAAAACCUCACGGUGCUCACUGCUCAAACAGCAUGCAAUCCUAAAAUUUAUUCACCCGAAGAAUGUGAAGCGAAAUAUCAACGAAUUGUAAUUUCAAGCUUACGAGGAUAUGCUUUGUACUUGGAAAAGAUGUCAUCGGAUAAAUUAGAAUCGUCAAUGAACAAGAAUUUUCUUCUUAUCGAGAAUGACCGAUUUUGGAGUUAUCAUAAGAGUAAAGUUCCUCAAAUCAAGUCCGCUUUCUUUGAAGCUCUUUCAUCUUUACUUCAACACGCAUCAUAUUUGUUAGUGAACUUUGAAGAACAAAUGACUGCGAUUGUGUUCAAAUCAAUUGAUGAAACCGAUGCAGCUUUAUUGUCACACAUAUGGACGUGUGUCGUUCUAGUGCAAGUGAAGGUUGAGAAUUGGUAUAAAUAUGUGAACUUUAACAAAGCAGUUUUUCCGAAAUUGUGGAAAAUUCUUCACUCGUCGAUGUGUCCUUGUGUGAUUUUUCCAAAUCUUUUACCAUUUCUUUCAAAAUUCAACAAGUCUGUCUUACCAGACGAUCAGCUUCAAAUAUUUUAUUUGAAGUUUUAUGAAAACAUCAAGUUUGGGUUAAUUAACAAUCAAAUGGGAAAAUCAGAAACAUCAGCAGUGAGUUCAGCUUACUUUGAAACUCUUCAAUAUAUCAUCAUUCAAAUAGCAAACGAUAGCGAGUCGAUUGAAACUGAUAAACUCAGUUUUUGUCUUGGUCUUCUUGACGAACAUGUCAUUGCUGUGAUUUUUUGGUGCAUCAAUGCCGAAGGCUUCUUCGGAAAGUUUGUGUUUCAUCACAUAGCGAAUAUGAUAAAUUAUUUCUCAAAAACUUCAUCAACAUCGAAGAUCUUUGAGAGUCUUUUAAAUCGAUUUUGGUCGGAACUUUAUCAGGUGCUCAGUAACAGUUUAGAAACAACAACAAACAUUGAAAAGAUUGCAAACAGUCAUGUCGAGCUUAUCAAGAGUAUGAAGAGUUGUCAACAAAGAAUUCGAACAACGAAGAUUAAAUUUGAUGAUGUUGUUGAAGAUUCUCCGUCAUCGUCGCCAACAAAAGUCGUUGAGAACUCAAAGAAUCGAGCUUAUGAAGACGAACUUAAUAAACUUGUUUACAAAAUCUGCAAUGUUUACACUGAACGAAUCAGUUCAACUCAUGAGAUUGGAUUUGUGGAGAACUUGGAAAUUUUAAUUAAAGAAUAUCAAUCGGAAGAACUUUUCAGACAUCUCGCCAAAUGGAACAAUCCAGAUGAAGUUGACAUCUGUUCAUUAUACGACACAUUUUCAGCUUGGUUGCUUGUGAAAGAGUUGAGAUGUGAAUCGAUUGUUGAAAUCAUUCUCGUACUUUAUAAAUAUUUGAAACCAUCAGAGAAAAUUGAUUUAUUAAAUCGUUGGAUUCGCGUUCCAUCAGUUCAAAGUUGGAUCAUCAUGAGAGCAUUGAGUUAUCCUUUAUGCAUCGAACCCGACAUUUCAAAACUCUUGCAAAUGCAGGAAGUCAAAGAUCACAUGAUUCAUUGUGCACGACAAGCAUCGAAUGGAAUUUACAAAGAAAAUCUUAUAAUCCUUCAGAAAUAUUUCUUUCAAACUGAGGACAGUCAAAGUAAUUUAAUAGAUUCUGAGACUUGCGAGAAAAUCAUUGAAAUCAUGUGUGAGCCAUUAACUGAUGUUGCAAGAAUUUCACAAAUGGAUCAGUGUGGAAGUUUCCUUGCCCAAAUUUUGCCAGUUGUUUGUGCUGACUCUGACAAGAAAUCACUUCAAGAGAAAAUAUUUCUUGCAUUGUAUGAGUUCAGUAUGAUAAAAGAAGUUUCUGAUGAUUUAUCUGAAGAUACGCUAUGGGAAGUGACAACAGCAUGGCAAGAUGCAUUAUCAAGUAGAGAUCUCAUCCUCGACGAAUUUCUUUUAAAUUCUUGCACAAAAAUCAUUCAAAAUAAACUAGAAAAUCUUUCUAUGGAAAAGAUUUCAAUGAAUGACAUGGAGAGAGUUGCGGAAGUUGGAUCAAAGUUAAUUAUGUGUUCAACAGAACAAGAAACGCCAGAUGAGAAGAAAAAGAUUGUCGAUAUGUUAAUUAAGAAGAUUUUGAAGCAUAAUGAAGAUGAAAAUGUGAAUUACAUGGAAAAUCUUUGUUUGUGCAUUGAACUAAUGCAUGGCGAUAUCAUUUCGACGACAAUCUUUGACACUCCACCCAUGAACUUUACAAACACCUUGGACACUUUCUUAAAGCAUAAAAUAUUCAAUCUUGAUGUUAUCACGAAGUUGAGUUGUAAUAUUAAGAAAGUUUCCAAGCAAAUGAUGAAAGUUGAAGACGAUAAUGAUGACGUUGAACAGCCGGGAUAUGAAAUUGAAUUUUCUGAGCUUCAAAAUCAAGCUUUGGAAGAAGAAGCGACUGAGGAUUACUGCGAUAUGGAUGAGAAUCUAUUAAAGGAAUGGAGCGAUGCCAUUUAUGAAAAGUUUCACGAUAUUUGUUAUAGUGAAUCGAUUUUAAAUGUCAUUUUAACACGUGGAAGAAACAUACAAAGUGAACUUGAGAAUUGGAUAAUUUAUUUGCAAGAACGGCUUGAAACUUUAAUGAAGAAUUUACCGGAAAACAUCUCAGUGAUAGUAAAGGAAAAACUUUUUGAGUUGGCAAAUGUUCGUGGUGGCUUUUGGACGAGAUCUUUGAUGAAUCUUCUAAACUUGAAAUGUUAUAACGUUGAAAGUGGAAUUUCACUUCUCCUUAAUGAUUUAUCAAAGCCGUCGAGUCAGGAUGAGAUUACCAACAACUAUUUGAACAUCAUUCAGUCAUUCUCAGAGCGAAUUGAUAAGAAAUCUUUGACAAUUGCUUCAAACUUGUUUGAAAAUCAUUCGAAUUUAAUUGUGAAAGUUUCAAUAAUUCGUAGUUUGAUGAGAAAUCAUUUGAAUGUCGGCGACUUUAAUGAAAUGAAUGACAGAAGAAUCGUUGGAAAUGCUUUAAAUUUAAUGAAUGAAAUUCUUUCAAAACAAAAAUCGGAUCCAUUUUUAUUGUACAACAAAGACAUCUCGAUGGAUGGAGAAGAAAGUAUUUUAAUAGCAUGCGAGAUUGCCAACUUCUUGUCAGACGUUCUUUCGUAUUUUCCUAAUGAAGUUGAUGUUAAACGAUGGGAUUUCAUUCGAAUUGCACUCAGUUCGUGGGUGCUUUCAGUAUCAAAAAGUUGUCACAAAUUCCAUGAAAACAAAGUGAAAAUCUUCAUCUCUUCAAUCUUCAGACUCAACGCAACACUUUUUAAGUUCAUCACAAUCGAGAAAACAAAAAGUUCAACUGAAAUUCUUCAAAACGUCAUCGAUGAGUGGGAAAAAGUUUUCGCAAAAGAAGUCAAUUUGGUGCUUAUAAAAUCUUUUAUUCUCAUCAUCAAACAACUUGAUUACCAAUCAAAACAUCAAGAAUGCUUUGUGGAUUCCUUAUGUCCUUCGAUUGACUACAUUGACUUCAACUAUAUUCUUCAGUCACAGAAGGUUGACAGCACAUUCUCACUCAAAGAUUUGAUUGUGUUUUCUUUAGAAAAUUUAUCAAAUAAUUAUCGGACAAUUUGUGUGACUUCUGCGACGAUCAUUAAAAAAUUGACAUUUGGACUUAUCAAACUUGAUCAAGAUGUUCUCAUUCAAAGGAACAGUGAAGAUGACACUGGAAGGAAUGAUGACGAUGAAAAUCUCGGCAAUUACAGGUGGCACAUUCUUGAUACAUUCCGAGAUACUCUUGAAGGAUAUCAAGACGUGAUGAAGGAAUUCAUUGAAGACUUCAAUUUCAAGUUGAGUGACAUGGACGAGUUAUCGAGUAUUUCUCAAAAUGUCGCUUUCUCGUAUCUUUUACUGUGGGAUUGCAUUCUAAACUUCUGUUCGAAGGCACCAGCUGAAUUGCGUUCGAUUUACGCCAAAUGGAUCACUGUUCAUCACUUUGAAGACGUUUUUCUUGUAUCUUUAUUCAAAUUAAUGCCACGAGAUAUCGUAAGAAAUCCCGAAGCACAAAUGAAAUCUGGACAUGUUGUGUUUUCAUCGUUAGAAUGGAAAGAAAUUGAAGAUUUAAGUGUCGACAUUGACAGAUACGCUGCAUUCCUUUAUGCUGAGAGUUUAAGAACAGUUCCUGCAGUUGUUCGUAAAUGGUGGCAUGUGUCAAAUACUCGACAAGCACAAAUUGUCGAGAAAAUCACUCAGAAUUAUGUAUCGCCGAUUUUAUGUCAACAAGACUUGACUGUUCUCAUGAAUCGAAAGGAAAAAGAUGGCAAAGACAACAUGCAAGUAAAAGUGUUGAUGCAAUCCAGAGAAAUUUUUGCGACUUAUUCUCUCGAGGAAGCCAAAAUGGAGUUGACGAUUAGUUUGCCUGCAAAUUAUCCACUCGGUGCUAUCAAAAUUGAAUCAACAAAGCAUAUUGCAGGAAAGUUCCAAGCGCGUGAGAUUGUGAAACAACUUUCAAUUUAUUUGACACAUCAAAAUGGCCGAUUAUAUGAUGGAAUUUCAUUAUGGAAAAGAAAUUUGGAUAGAAAGUAUGAAGGGGUUGAAGAAUGUUACGUUUGCUAUUCAGUUAUCAAUCAAGAUACUUGUCAGUUACCGAGACUAACAUGUAAAACAUGCAAGAAGAAGUUCCACAGCAACUGUUUAUACAAAUGGUUUACAUCAAGCAAUAAAUCGACCUGUCCACUAUGCAGAAAUGUUUUUUAAAUGAGGGAAACUAAUUUAAAUAAGUCAAUUUUUCAAACUAUAACUUUGCUUUGCUUUUCCAAAAUUUGUGUGGUGAUGAAAAAAAGUAAAAAUAAAUUGAUUAGAGUGAAAUGCUGUGCUUUGUAGUUUGAUAUGAAGUUAUUACUUAAAUAAAAACUGAAAAAUUCCUAAUGCGAUAUUAAUUUUUAUUUUAAUUUUGAUAUUAAACACUAAAAUUUGUCACUUG